UUUAUAGUAAAUCAGGCAAGAUGAAAAAUACUCAACCGAAGCUAAAUUGUAAUGAAGAGUCAAAAUCUGAAGUUUCUCAAAAUAGCAUACCUCACCAAAAUCUAAAGACAAUCCAGUUAAAGAAGAAGUUACCAGAUUCAGAGAUUGGAAUCAUAACACAGGCGCCCUCUCAACAAACUCAAGAGCCUGUUCAGAAGAUACAAGUGUCUGUUCAGCAGAUGCAAGCACCUGUUCAUCAGGUUCAAGUCCCUUCUCAACAAAUGAAGACUUCUGUGAGCCAAAGUAUGACUGGCAGACAAAUAUCAGGGUUGAAUCAGUUUUGAGUGCCACUGAAUGAUCAAACUCAAUCGCUCUGAAAUACAAGAUAUUCGAGGCAGUCAGCAUAUGAACAUCCAAUUUAUGAACAGAGCUAUACAGAAGUUCCAUCUUACACUAUUCCUCUAUCAUCUAUGGCCUAUAAUCAGUGGGCUCAGACUCAGGCUAAGUUACCUUCAGAUAUAGGAAUGAUUGAGGCAGAGAUUGCAGGAGAAACAGUCAAGAGCCACCCUAUGAUCAUUAACUACUUACAUAGAUUUAAGAAUUUCUUAAAUAAUACUCCUGAGGCAAAGUUCAAGCUGCUGAAUGAAAAAUUCUUUAGAAGAGUCCCUCGUGAUCAUGGAGUCUUUAAGACCAACAGAGGCAAAGACUUAAAAUGUCCAGUCUGUAUGAGGACCAUUAAUAACAAUGCUGAGCUUGAGAAGCACUUCAACACAAAGCACAAGGAUCUUGUCCAGCAAGGGAUUGAGUUCUCAAACGGAGAGUGGACAGCCAGCAACAAAGUUGCCAAUGUAGUUGCCAUGUUCUGUUUCACCCACUCUUCAGCAACUCCUCAUAUUGCCAAAGUGGUAAGAGACAAGAUCAAAGGAAAACAAUACUUCAUGAAUGAAAGCGAAGAGGAAGAAGAUGAAAGCCUCUUUGAUAAAGUGUAA